AUGGUUCCACCCAUCGUCAAAAAGAGCUACUGGACCCUCGCGGUGCUGGGCGGCAUCUGGGCGCUCCUGCUCGCUCUUGUGUACAUGCACAAGCUGCACCAUGGAUACUUCCAGAACGUGAAGAACCCGGAGGAAUUCGGAUUUGCGAAGGGUCAAGUCACGCCGUUCUGGCUUGAGACUAGUGAUCGGGAGAAGCUUUUCUGCUGGCACGUGCUCCCGCUGGAUGUCUAUCUGGAUCAUGAGAGGGAGCUUGUGAGCAGUGUGCAGGACGAUGUCGUGGAGAGCGGGGAGUUCAAGAAUACGUUGGGGGCGAGGUUGCUGAGGGAGGAUAAGGACGGCUGGCGUCCCUCGAUUUACCGCUCCAUGAGCGGUAUUUCGCACACGCACACACUCGUGUGCGACUACCGCGGCUUUGGCAUCUCCACAACGAACAACAAACCUCAUCUACCCACGGAAACCGGCCUCAUCACGGACGGUAUAUCCAUCGUAUCCUUCGUUCUCAACGAGCUCCAACAUCCCGCUUCCCGCACCAUUCUCCUAGGCCAAAGUCUCGGCACCGCUGUAACAGCAGCAACAGCACUGUACUUCACAGACCCAGACUCUGCUCUCCUCCCACAGGGGCUUGUGCACCCUCCAGUCGCAGCAAAAGCCCCGCAGCCCUUCGCAGGCGUGAUCCUCGCCGCAGCCUUCACUGACUUACCUACUCUCCUGAAGACCUACAAAGUCAAAGGCAUCGUCCCCAUCCUCUCGCCCCUGCAGAACUACCCUAAAAUAGCAAAUUUUCUAUCAGCAAGAAUUAUAGACACAUGGCCCACGCUGGCCCGCCUGCGUGCUCUCAUCACCGCCGCUACAGGUUCCUCCACACCCUUCCAUAUAACCAUCCUGCACGCCCGGAACGACCAGGAGUUUCCCUUCCAGAUUGCAGAAACCGUCUACAGUCCCCUGGAAACACUUAUGCUAGCGGAAGAAGGAGCGAGUAGUGUGAGCGAGAGGAGGAGCAUUCAGGGUGGGGAGAGGGUGCAGAGAGGUGCGUUUGCGUAUAGGAAGGUGGAGACGAAGGAAGGGGAGAGGACCGUGGAGGUCGAGGUUGUGAGGUACGGUGGGCAUAGUGAGGGUGUGGGGUGGGGGCAGGUCAAUUUGGCGGUCAGGAGGGCGUGGAGGAGGGUGGAUGGGGAAGGGUGA